AUGCAUAGGGACGCGCAAACGUACAGUUCCAAGGUGCUGAUGGGCAAUUGGAUGGAAGAAACCCGUUUGGAAGCCGUCGAUUUGAACACUGCCUGCGAGUUCGUGAAGUACGGCCAAGACGUGCAGCUCGUGAACUGCGUCACUCCGGAAGUCCGGUCUCCGGGGUCGGUGGUCGCUUCCGGCUUUGACGGCGGUGAGUCCGGUGCCGGAAUGUCGCUGUCGUGCGGGAUCCUGGGCGAACAACUCUACACCGGAUUGGGACCCGGCAGUCCGGUCACCGCUUCCCGUUUUACCGAUCCCUGCGUGCGCAACUGUUUCAAAUUUCGCGGCUUGAGAAGCGGUUGUGAAGACGGCAAGUUUUUGAAGUUCGGCGAUAUCUUCGCCAUUAGCCCGUGCGUCUCCUCUGAACCGUUGUUCGUCACGGCGGCCGUGCCGCGCCUGCACACGGGUCGAGGGACGUGCGGUCGUCCGACGCUCAAACUGACCGGAACGCUGGACGAGCAGUGCCGAUGGACGGUCGUCUACUGGGACGCCGGGAUGCAAAUGAAAUCCGAAGGGCUUCCGGUUCCGCGAGCGAUUGCCCUUGAAAUCACUCGCGCUACCCACCUGCGCGCAAACGCACGCACGCAAACGCGCGUCCUCCGUGGUAGAAGUAGAAGUCGCGCGCACCGCACGCAACCAGUAACCAGUUACCGUCCGUCCGGUUCGACGUGCGCGACGGAGAAAACCACCGUUGCCGCGUUACGACACGUAGUCGUAUCGCCGGGACGUUUUCGAUUCGACCGAUGUUAUUGCCGUUUCGAACGUUUGCAGAACGGAUGUCGAGCGAGCUUGAAGCAAACGUACACGGGGCGAAACGUCGCGGCGGAAACGGACUUUCGGCAAUCCACGUAUUUCGGCGACGAAUACGAAGUGAGCGCACAUUCGUACAAGGGAUUCGGAGGUCGUGACAAGAAUAUUUGGCAACUGAUCGCGUGUAAUGGUCGUCCGGAGGAACCGGUGAUGGACAACGGAUACUGCGACACGAAAAAAGAAUAAAUACACUGCAUUUUACUUCGUAAUAGUAUUAUAAUAUACUUACAUCGAUUUUACUGCAAAAAGAUAAAACAACGAACAAACAUACGUUCAAUAAAAAAGUGCAAAUCAUUUUUUUUUUUUUUUUUUUGCUGUACA